AUGCCUCAAUACACAUCCCGAGAUGUUGGCGAUCCGUCGCAGAUCAAGAAGAACAAGCAAUCGAUGGCCGAUUUGAAGCUGCGGCGGCUGACCGAACUCAACAACCGGUUGCGCGAGGACCUCGAGAGAGAACGCAUUCCAGUGAGCACUGCUUCAAGGAGCAUCAUUUCCUACUGCAACAGCACCCGGGACUACAUGGUGCCUUCGGUCUGGGGAACCGUACCACGCGGCGAGGAUCCUUACGCGCCACAGCAGACCGGCGGAUGCUGCGUGCUGAUGUAG